GACGAAGCCGGACGGAACCCGGGGAAGGUGAGCCUCCUGAGACAUAAUCACCUCCGCGCUAAAGCGAUGGCCUAGUUGCACACCGGAGGAUACAAGCGGUUCGGAGCUUGGCCGUUCUAAAGGUGGAAUUGCCUUCCCGACUGCAUUUUUGGCCCAUUAGGAGAUCCAAAGACGACAGAUGAGACCACAGGUUCUAACUGAGAAUGCUACCAAAAGCCCCACAGCGGAAUGUCACCCAAGGAAAACUAUUAACCUGUCACCUUACAACCAUCCUCUGUUUGCCUUCCUCCUCCUUCAUGACUCUGUAAUCAUCAAGCUGAUGUCCUUUUGAGAUGAUGAAAGCAGCUUUUAUUUUGGACAUGUUGUUUUUUCCUCUCAAUGCUGCCAGCCACCAAGGCUUUGGUGGAAAACGUCAAUAUACCCCUCAACGGAGCGCUAACCCCUGUCUGGUGUGGCUCUUGGGUCUCGCCCUACACCUCAUCCUCUCCUCAUGUCAGCGAGUGGACAAACAUCCUAUAGUAUCUACGGGCUACGGGAAGAUACGCGGUAUCAGGAAGGAGCUCAACAACGAGAUCUUGGGUCCAGUGGAACAGUACCUGGGAGUGCCGUACGCCACCGCGCCCAUCGGCGAGCGCCGCUUUCAGCCUCCCGAGGCGCCGGGCUCCUGGCAGGAGAUCCGCAAUGCCACUCAGUUUGCGCUUGUGUGUCCCCAGAACGUACACGGAGUGUUACCUGAGAUCAUGCUACCGGUGUGGUUCACGGACAAUCUGGAUGCCGCCGCCACUUAUGUUCAGAACCAGAGCGAAGACUGCCUUUAUCUUAAUAUCUAUGUACCUACAGAAGAUGGUCCACUUACAAAAAAACAUGAUGAGUCUACAAUGAACAGACCGAGGGAUGAAGAUAUCCGUGACCGCCGUAAGAAGCCGGUGAUGUUGUUCAUCCACGGCGGCUCCUACAUGGAAGGUUCGGGGAACAUGUUUGAUGGCAGUGUCCUUGCAGCGUAUGGAAAUGUCAUUGUGGUCACCAUGAACUAUCGACUGGGCGUGCUUGGCUUUUUGAGCACAGGGGACCAGUCUGCUAAAGGGAACUAUGGUUUAUUGGAUCAGAUCCAAGCCCUGCGCUGGCUCAAUGAAAACAUUGGCCACUUUGGAGGAGACCCGGAGAGAAUCACCAUCUUUGGCUCAGGAGCUGGCGCCACCUGUGUUAACCUUCUCAUCCUAUCUCACCACUCAGAAGGUUUGUUUCAGAGGGCCAUCGCUCAGAGUGGCUCGGCAAUUUCCAGCUGGUCUGUCAACUACCGACCCGUCAUGUACACCAAGAUUCUUGCUAAGAAGGUGGGUUGCACUCUGGGGGACAUGGCGGAGUUGGUGGACUGCCUGAGGAGGAAGAGUUUUCGAGAGCUAGUAGACCAAGAUAUACAACCUGCACGCUACCACAUUGCAUUCGGGCCUGUGGUGGAUGGAGAUGUAGUGCCGGACGACCCGGAGAUUCUAAUGCAGCAGGGCGAGUUCCUCAACUACGACAUAUUGCUGGGUGUUAACCAAGGAGAAGGCCUUAAGUUUGUGGACGACAGCGAAGGAGAAGAUGGAAUAUCCGGACCCUCUUUUGACUACACCAUCUCCAACUUUGUCGACAAUCUUUAUGGAUACCCCGAUGGCAAAGACAUCCUGAGGGAAACCAUAAAGUUCAUGUACACAGACUGGGCUGACAGGGACAACAGUGACAUGCGUAGGAAGACCCUCUUGGCACUCUUCACGGACCAUCAAUGGGUGGCUCCAGCUGUGGCGACCGCCAAAUUGCACGCCGAGUUCCAGUCUCCUGUCUUCUUCUACACCUUCCACCACCACUGUCAGACAGAAGCACGGCCUGAAUGGGCCGACGCAGCCCACGGAGACGAGAUCCCUUAUGUGUUUGGCAUUCCGAUGGUGGGAGCCACCGACUUGUUUCCAUGUAACUUCUCCAAAAACGAUGUCAUGCUCAGUGCUGUGGUCAUGACGUACUGGACCAACUUUGCCAAGACAGGAGAUCCUAACCUACCGGUUCCUCAAGACACCACGUUCAUCCACACCAAGCCAAACCGUUUUGAGGAAGUUAUCUGGACCAAAUUCAGCUCCAAAGACAAGCAAUAUUUGCAUAUUGGCCUAAAGCCACGAGUUCGAGAUAACUACCGGGCCAACAAGGUGGCGUUCUGGCUGGAGCUAGUACCGCACCUCCACAGCCUUCACAGGGCAACCACCAGCUCCAUCACGACUCGACUGCCACCUGGAAGCAACCCCCGCGGUAAGGAAAACCCCAACUCUGGCUCCACACGCCACCCCAUAAUCUCCACCUAUCCACCUGAGCCGGACGGUUCAGAGAGACCCCGUAACACCCCCUUCCCUCCUGAGACGAGGGACUACUCCACUGAGCUGAGUGUGACGGUGGCUGUGGGCGCGUCUUUGCUUUUCCUGAAUGUGUUGGCCUUUGCUGCACUUUACUACAAACGAGACAAGCGUCACGAACUCAUGCAGAGGCGCCACCGCCGACUGUCGCCGCAACGUGGCGCAACCAUGGGUAUGAGUGUCGGCAUCGGUGUAGUUGGGGCGCCGCCUCACAACGACCUGGCCUUAAGCCAGGAAGAGGAGCUGAUGUCUCUGCAGAUGAAGCAGCAAAGAGUGGAGUUGGAGCACGGCACACCUCUCCCUUCCCGUGGCAUCCAUGGCGACCUGGAGCCAUUGCGGCCCCCGGUAUGCCCGCCUGACUACACGCUGGCUCUGCGGCGGGCACCGGAGGAUGUGCCUCUUAUGACGGCCAACACCAUCACCAUGAUCCCCAGCACCAUCAGCAGCAUGCAGCCCCUCCACCCGUUCAACACGUACCCGCCCGUCCCAGCCCCGUCCACUACACCUGUACCCAGCCAUAGCAACAAUGCCCUGCCCCACCAACAUUCCACUACGCGUGUAUAGGACCAGGCACAAGCUCUGCAGCCCCUCUCUGGGCUCACAUCAUCACUCCCAUCGUCCACUACCCGUCUUUACUAGAUCUUUUUCAUUCAGCCCUUAAAUAAAGCUGCAGUUUGUAAGAUUUUAAGCAGUAACAAAUACCUCUAUAAUGUAUCAUAAUAUAAGAAUCAUUGGUUAAAGCUGGGUUGAUAGGUUAAACGCUGAUUGACAAGCGUUCACACAAAUACAUAACGCUCAAUCAAAUUACCAAAUAUCCGGCUGAUACUUUUCUCAGCCCAAAUCAGGUUCCAAAUAGUCUAUUUUUUCUCUGCCAGGAACUCAAAGUGGACAAGAAAAGUAACCAUGUUUCAACCUUAAAGCACUUAGUAAGCAUCCAGUCGGGUUGCUCUGAUGUCACCCCUGUGCUGCUCACAGCCCCUAGGGGGAAUAUUUGCAUGGUAUUUGGGGAUCGCUAUAAUGUGUGGUGAUGUAUAAACCAGAGUUAUAGUUUGCCAAUUUCAGUUCAGAGGGAAUCACAGUUUCUUUGUGUUUCAUGUUUUUUUUUUCCAAACAUGUGAAAGCAUAGCCAUGUCCUAACACGUUCUACCAAACACUUAAUUGCUGGGUCGCACGUUAUGUCACAUACGAUUGCAGGGGAUCAAAAACUCGGGGCGCACACGAGCCGAGUUUGCUCACGUUUGCUGUGACCACUUUGUCACUGUCUAUAUGAACUUGUAAAUCAACUGUUAAAGCCUGCUUAUUAGUUGAUUUACUUUUAUUGUUUUCCAUCUACUUAGAGUACAUAUGAGCGGUUAGCUUUGGGAAACUUUCACAUACAAUGGAUUUAUGUGUUGCUAUUGUUAAAUCAUACAGUGCAAUGUUUACCAUAAAAAAAACCAACCUUGUUAA